CACCGCAUGGGUCGCAACUCGCAAGCCCCCUCUAAAAACCGCUCCCCAAAACCCUAAACCCUCUCUCUUUCUCUCUCUCUCUCUCUUCGACUAUGCCCACGGAGCUCGUCCCUCUCCGCCCCCUCGGCUACGCCGCAUCCCUCCCCUCUUCCCGCGUCCUCUCCAUUUUCGGAAGAGCGUUCCCCUUCAAGCUCAAGUACCUAUCUCUCUCCUCCAAGCCCCCGCGCCUUCCGCUCAUGGCGAGCGCCGGGGAGAAAGGUAGUGUUUCGGUAGAGGACGAGGCGAGGAGUGCCGGGGGAAGGGAUGGGAUGAGAAGGUCUCGGAAAUCGCCGCGAAACGGAGCGCCUUUGAAGCGGCAGAGGGGUGGCGAUUCCAAUUUUCUCCAGGUGAUCGGCGAUGCUAAGAAGCAUCGGGGAUCGGGGAGGAAGGAGAAGUCGCUGGGUUCGGGCAAAGGUCCCUAUCGUUUUGAGGUAUUGGAUGGAGAGGAUGAGGAGGAGGAUGAGAUUGGUAAUAUGGGAGAAGGGGUGGUGACUGUGAUUAGUGAGGAUUCUACUUCAUUGCAUGCUCUUAUGAAGGAAGGGGAUUCAAAUGCUCAAAAGAGUUUGCUAGGGGUGGAUGACUCAUACCUGAGUGAAACCAGGUUUGACCAAUGCUCCAUAUCGUCCUUGUCAUUAAGGGGCAUAAAAGAUGCUGGGUAUGAGAAGAUGACUCAGGUGCAGGAAGCAACUCUCCCUGUCAUCCUUGGAGGCGACGAUGUUCUUGCAAAGGCAAAGACUGGAACAGGAAAAACAGUGGCCUUUUUGCUUCCAGCAAUUGAGGUUCUUUCCAAGUUGCCUCUUGUUGAGCGCGAACAAAAAAGACCAUCAAUCAAUGUUCUUGUCCUAUGCCCCACCAGGGAACUAGCAAACCAAGUUGCAGCAGAAGCUAACAAACUUUUGAAGUAUCAUCCGUCAAUAGGUGUACAAGUCGUAAUAGGUGGAACACGACUAACACAAGAACAGAGGCGCAUGCAAACUAAUCCUUGUCAGAUUCUUGUAGCCACGCCUGGAAGGCUUAAAGACCACAUUGAGAAUACGCAAGGAUUUGCGACUCGGCUAAAGGGCAUGAAGGUCCUUGUUCUGGAUGAAGCUGAUCGCCUAUUGGAUAUGGGCUUUCGAAAGGAUAUUGAGAAAAUAGUUGCUUCUGUUCCUAAACAACGGCAAACACUUCUAUUUUCUGCUACUAUUCCAGAAGGGGUUCGUCAAAUUUGCCAUAUUGCUAUGAAAAAGGACCAUGCAUUUAUUAAUACAGUUGAAGAAGGCAGUGAGGAGACUCAUUCACAGGUCAGACAAAUGUAUUUGAUUGCACCGCUGGAUAAACACUUCUCGAUAUUGUAUAGCUUAUUGACGGAACAUGUAUUGGAAGAUGCUGAUUACAAGGUAAUUGUGUUCUGUACAACUGCAAUGGUCACAAAACUUGUCGCCGAUUUCCUCUCUAGGCUGGGGCUGAAUAUCCGAGAGAUCCAUUCGAGAAAGGCACAGAACUAUAGAAGUAGGGUUUCAGAAGAAUUUAGGCAGUCGAAGGGUCUUAUACUUGUUAGUUCUGAUGUAUCUGCACGAGGAGUUGAUUACCCAGAUGUCACCCUUGUUAUUCAGGUUGGGUUGCCUGCUGAUAGAGAACAGUACAUUCAUCGACUUGGUCGAACUGGCCGGAAAGGUAAAGAAGGAAAAGGCAUAUUGAUGUUGGCUCCAUGGGAGAAAUUCUUUCUUGCUAGCAUCAAGGAUUUGCCAGUGACUGAGGCUCCACUGCCGUUAACAGAUUCAAACACCCAAAGAAAAGUUGAAGAGGCACUCCGGCGUGUGGAAAUGAAGAACAAAGAAUCGGCCUAUCAAGCAUGGCUUGGAUACUACAAUUCAAACAAAACUAUCGGCCGGGACAAGCGUAAGCUCGUGGAGCUUGCAGAAGAGUUCAGCCAAAGCAUGGGACUCACCGAUCCUCCGGCUAUCCCCAAACUUAUUCUUAGAAAGAUGGGUCUUAACAAUGUCCCAGGGUUGCGCUCUUUGUAAGCUCUAUUUGUGGGGAUCCUAGCUGAGCACCUCAUAGUUUUAACUGGUCAUGAACCAGAACCAGAAUCAUUCUCGACAAAUCGAAAGUAGUGAGGUUCAAUUUCUUUCACGUCGGGACCUGGUAAUGACCAAAGAUUCUAAGCAACGGAUCCGGCUAGAUACCUACUAAGUAAGAAGGAAGUGGAAAGUUCUACAUCCCUUCUUUCUCAUGAGGUUUCUCUUUUUUACCAGCCUUACCAUUAAAGAUUGUUUUUUUAAUAGAAAAAGGAUAUCAUAGUAGCUAAAAUUUUUCUGGUGUUAUUCUAUUCAAGUUUUGUUUUGGGUGUUUCUUGUUUCUUUCUAGGGUUUAGUUAUCGCGAAUGCGAGUAUAGCUAAUUAAGUUUGCAUUUGUUCGUGUAGUUAAUUUUGAAUUGUCACCUGAUGCUCUUUUUCAUUUUGGGAAAUGUAUUCUGAAAUUUGAAAA